CUCCAUGCAAAACAGUGAGUGCAGUGUCUACACCUCUGUGGCUGUGGCUGUGCAGCACACACCGGCUGUUUGUCUGCGAGCUGAACUGGAAUAAGUGCAAAACGUUGCUCCACUGGUGCGUCUGUCCACUGCAGCCGCGACUAUGGCUGUGUUCAAGUUCUCCUGUGCGAUCAUUACCAGAGCGUUAUUCAUCAUCGUGUCCCUGGCCGGCGUGUGGAGGGUGACAGUGGUUAAGGAAGACCUCCACUACUGGCUCCUGACGUUUCUUCUUCUGCCGCUUGUCCUUGAAAUGAUAAUAACACUGAAGAGGCGGAAAGGAGAGGAUUAUAAAUGGUUCUCCCCUCCCAUAUUUCUGUUUCUUAUCAGUAUCAUUCCCUCCAUCUGGCUGCUGGAGCUCCACCACCAGGAGAACAAAGCCAGUGAGACUGAGUGCAAAAAACUUGACUCGUUGGAAAAUGUGCGCAGCACUUUCGUGAUCAACGAGACCUUUGGUAACUCCUCAAACUACUUGAAGGCGUUAUCAGACGUCUGCUCCCAUGACUGGAUCCUGGCUCUGCAUCAGAUUCUCCUUAUCCUCCUCAUCGUCGGGAAAUGGUUACUCCCCCUGGGGGGCGGAGUCACGCGUGACGAACUCUCUCAGCUUCUCCUGAUUUUCAUCGGCACAGCGGCAGACAUCCUCGAAUUUACUAGUGAGACGCUGUCAGAUGUCAAGGAGAAAACUCCUCACAUGGUCUACAUUAUCUUGGGUGUAUGGACGUGGAGCAUGCUGCAGUUCCCGUUACAUCUGGCCGUGGUGACCUCCAAGCCAGGAAGUGAGGCUGAGCUGGGCGACCAGGAGGCUUCUCUCAUGACUAAACAUAGCACGGACAUGUGGCACAUCAUUGAGGCCCUGUUCAUCCAGGACGGGCCCUUUCUUGUGGUCAGGCUCGUCGUCAUGACCUACUCCAAAGUCUUCCACCAGAUGCUGGGAUUCUUCACCAUCAAGAACUUCCUGGUGGUCAUACUGAGCUUGUACAGGCUGGUGAUCAUAUGCCAGUCCUCUAGAUCCUACAGCAGCAGGGACAUGGCUAUGCCAUGAAUUGGGAUGUUUCAGCGUUUUACAGUAAUAGCACACUAGCAAUGAGUGCAAAUGGAGCUCUGAGAAAGCUGUAGUUGUGAAUAAUUAAUGCUGUUGGUAGAAGAAAUUGAUUUUUUUUACACGAGCAAAUGGAUAAAGUUGUCAAGUUUAAAUUCCAUCGGAUUUAUUUUGAAGGUAAUAACUUCCUUCAUUUCAGUCCCUCUGAAAAUCAGGCCAACACAAGAACUAAGAAAGUGCAAACCUCCCCCAAGGCCACUCCGUUUCCCAUUGUGCGAAUAUGUUCCCGUAUCUCGCAAGGUUAACAAUUGUUAAUGAGCACUUCAUUGUUUUUAAUGAACAGUCAUUACAUAACCAGUGGAGCCACACGCUGCAUUGUGUUGCACAAAAGAAGCCAGGGCUGGACCACAAACUCUUCAUUUCUGACAUAAAUUGCAUUCCAAAAAAACCACGUGUCAGACAUAAUCAAGCUUCUCUUUCCCCGGUGUAUCGCAGCAGAAAGGGUGACAUGACAAUGGAAUAUAAAACGUUCCCUAGUCACACACAUGUGGAGCCCCUAAACCAGGCAUGUCCGAAACUUGUACUAGGAAAGAAGGUUGGCCCCUUGGUCACGUGUCAUCCCCGUUACCUCACCUGAUAACAGCCGUGACACACAGCUGUAGAUCAAAAUUAUAAUUGGCAUUGUUACACUUUCUGUAUCGGGUUCAACAGAAUCACUCAUGUGACAUUCGUGCAGUGGGCAAGACAAGACAGGAAAAGGAGAAUAACAAGAAAGCAGAUUGUGACAUGAUAACAUUUAAGAAAAAAAGCACAUAACUCGUAUCAGAGCACAAAUAUCUGCUUAUCAAGCAAGCGCCUCCAGUAACUGGAGACAUUAGGGUUGGACAGUAUUUCUGACAGUGUGAUGCAGAGGCCGCUAUGUUGAGCAGAAGUGAGGCCAGCGAGAGCAGCAGCUGUUGACAGAGAACACGUUUUCCUGGUCUUAACCUAGACAGGAAGCUGAAACUGUGACUGUGAAAACUUCCUUUACUGUGCCAGUUGGCUGCUGGAUGAAAGCACAACAUCAACACUUGAUAGUAGUAGUAUUCUGUUUCAGUAAAGCAGAGAUUGAAUUAUUAUUAUUAUUUUUUUUUAAACGUGUUAAUAGGAACACAUUUUGAAAAACAUCGUCCUUCCCAGCUUAAAUUUUUUUUGUAUCUCUUGGAUUAUUGUGCUUUUAAAAAAUAAGACACUUACUUAUUGUUACUCUUGGCCAAGUAGCCUGACGGCAGUUUGCAAAUAAUUCGCCUUUGCACUCAGGUAAACAGCUCGGUCUAAGUUACGAGUUGGGUACAUUUUAAAACCAUGGGUUAUCAUCAGCUUUAUAAUGCUUAAGAAUCAUCAGUAUUAUGACUUCCUGGUUCAUGUGAAGACAAACAUGUAUUUCUAUUGCAUUUGUUGUAUUAUCACAUUUUUGUACAUGCCCACAAUUUCUCUCUAGCACAUAAUCACUCUGAAUGGCACAGCACUGUUUCUGAUUGUACAUGAUACAGUCAAUGCCACGGCUGAUAAAGAACCGCGGUGCUGCCUUUUCCAAGGCAUUUCCCACCAUAAAUCAUUCAUUGCAUUCACUUACAUUAAGUCAUGUCUAUUCACUUUCAAGCGCUUGCCCUUGCAUGUCUAUGAUCUGCCUCCAUCAGAAAGUCAAUUUAUAGACACACUCACUUAUUGUUCCACUGAUAAAUAAUGGUGUAGCACAAGGUCCAUGUAUACUGUAGACUUCAGUCCAUUUUACUAUACUUAAUAAAUAACAUGCAAUAUAUAAUAUUAUAUAUAUAAUAUUAUAUUGUGCUACAGACUCUGCUUAGCUGACUGUAAUGUUUACUGAAAUGUAAACUUGCACAUAAAACUACAACAGAAAACAAACCAUUCACAUUAUUUUUGUUGUUGUUUUUUGUACCAAAAUAAUGCUUUUUUUAUUCACUGUAGGAACAAAGAAAGUUGUCAGGUUUUUCUUACUGUUCUGGAUUAGAGUAUACUGGAUAAUGUAGCCUAUCCCUCAUUACAUCACAUGUGCUAUUGGCUGGUCUUCUCUUUUAUUGGAAAGCCCCCUUCUUCUUUUACUUGUUUACCAAAUUGCGUUGAUCAUUCCCACACAACUUCUCAUCUCCAGUCACUGCAAACCCUCUACAAAACACCCUAAAACAACACAUUGUUCAAAUGUUUCAACUCACAUCUUCUCUGUAGAUUUCUCUUGAUUUUUAUGCAACGACAGUUGAUUAUUGUGUUUUAUGUUCUACCUUUUAAAGUCAUAUCCAUGGCGUUGUGUAUACUGUUAUGUAAUAUUACUGUUAAAAAAAUUCUGUACUGUAAAAUUGAGGGCGAGUCCUCAAUAGAUAUUUGUAUUUUGUAAAGAAAUAAAGUUAUAAAACUGA